AUGCCUAAUUCGUUCCGUGAAAUUCUUGAAAAUACUGUAAGAAAAAUAGUUAUGGCUUAUGAAUAUAGGAGUGAUGCAGGUUACAGUGAUGCCAAUGGAAUAAGAAAAUGGGUAUACCUAUGCAUGAAACUAACCAAAGUGGCAGACGAUUUCUUUUAUUUCUAUCUUUUAUCAGAUGAGGAUGGUAGCGUAUAUCCUGAGGAGAGAGUAUAUCAAUCGGGCAGUAUUCCAGAUAACACUGUUCCAGUGUGUAGCACAUUUUGUCAGUACACAACUCAACCAAGGAUCCGUACACUUAAAAAAUCAGGUAGCAGUGCGACUUUACCUGGCGACGUUUCUUUGUGUGAACCCUGUGACAGUGCUUGUGAAGAAGCAACUACAGACAUGACAUCAUUAAAUACAACACAGAAUACCACAUCUUUUGAAAUUGACAUUACGACAGACAAACCAUUAGCAGAGACAACACAGAAAAUAACGGCACCACCCACUUCUACAGAUAUGGUCACUACGACAGAAAUGACACCAUUAGAAACAACACAGAAAACAACGCCACAAUUGACUUCAAGUAAUGAAAUGCUUACUACGACAGAAAUGACACUAUUAGAUACAACACAGAAAACAAAGACACAAUCCACUUCUAGUGAAAUAAUCACUACGAAAGAAAUGACUCCGUUAGAGACAACAGAGAAAUUAACUGCACUUUUGACUUCAACUGAAAUAGGCCGUACGACAGAAUUAAUACCAUCAUUAGAAACAAGACAAAAAAUAACGACAGAAUUGACUACAAUUGAAAUAGUUACUACACUGAAAACAACGAUACAAUUGACUUCUACUGAAAUGGUCACUACAACAGAAAUGACACCAUUGGAUACAACACAGAAAACAUUGGCACAAUCCACUUCUACAGGUUUGAAUAUUGUAACAGAAAUAUGA